AUGACUGGUGAUAGUGGUGUUGGGGGUGGUGGUGUUAGUGGUGAUGGUGGUGGUGGCUGUGGUCAUGGUGGUGGAGGUGGUGGUGGUGGUGGUGGUCAUGGUGGAUGUGUUCAUGGUGGUGAUGAUAUUUGUGGUGGUGGCGGUGAUAGUGGCGGUGGUGGUGGUUGUGGUCAUGGUCGUAGUGGUGGUGGGGGACUCGUCCAGCCCGAUAGGGCAGAUGAGCUGGUGUCUGUCGUUCGUCGUCUGACGUUCAUCGUUCGUCGUCUGAUGUCCGUCGUCCGUCGUCUGACAUCCGUCGUUCGUCGUCCGUCAUUUGUCGUCCGUCGUCUGACGUCCAUCGUUUUUCGUCUGGCAUUCGUCAUUGGCUAA